GAGGAUCAUCGACGAAAACUCCGUUUAUUUGCCGUCCUAUGAUGUCGACAACUAAACUUCGCCAGGAGAUUCUAGCCAGAUCAAGAUAAAAUGACACCGGACUUGCAUACACAAGUCGCCAGGGUAGCUUUGUGCCGUUUACCUAACAUGGCUUCGUCAAGAGCCGACGAUGUAGAGGGGUCUGAGCUGUCCCCCAGCUAUAUACUGCGCUUUACCCGUCUUCUCUCAUCCACCUCUAUCUUUCAUUCAUCGUUUCUCCUCAAUACCACAUUCUCGCAAAUAUGAAGCUUUCGUCCGCUCUCCUCAGCUUUGCUGCUGCUGCUGCUGUUGCCGCACAUGGCGACUACGACCAUGACCAGGAGCCAUUGGCAGGCCCACACGAGGGACUGUGGUACAACACUCUUCCUGGAGACGGUGGAACACAGGCCGACUCAAUUUUCAGUGGCAUUUCCACAUUUGGCCGUCUUCCAUACUCCGCAUGCCUUAAGAGCAAGGUUGACUUCGACAUUGCUUUCAUUGGCGCUCCCUUCGACACUGGCACAUCUUACCGUCCAGGUGCCCGCUUUGGCCCCAGCGGUAUCCGACAAGGUUCUCGCCGCCUCAAUCUCUAUGGCGGAUACAAUGUUCCAUUGAAGGCGAACCCAUUCAACUCCUGGGCUAAGGUUCUUGAUUGUGGAGACAUCCCAGUCACCUCGUACGACAACGCCUUUGCACUACAGCAGAUUGAGGAAGGCCACAACCUGCUUCUCAGCCGCGCACCACACACUCAUGCAGACAAGCCUGGUCCUUCUAAGGAAGGGACCACUUUGCCCCGCCUGAUCACCCUUGGAGGUGACCACACCAUCACUCUUCCUUUGCUUCGCUCCAUUAACCGUAACUACGGCCCCGUCAGUGUCAUUCACUUUGACAGCCAUCUAGACACCUGGAAGCCUAAGGUCUUUGGUGGCUCGCCCAGUGAGCAAGCAGCCAUUAACCAUGGCACUUACUUCUUCCAUGCUGCUCAGGAAGGUCUGCUAGCAAACGACACCAACAUACAUGCCGGAAUCCGCACGACGCUGUCUGGGCCUUCGGACUACGAGAACGAUGGCUAUUGUGGCUUCCAGAUCGUCGAGGCACGUGAAAUUGAUAAGAUUGGCACUGAUGGUAUCAUCAAGAAGAUCAAGGAUAGGGUCGGUUCUGAUAAACCUGUCUACCUCAGCAUUGAUAUCGACACCCUUGACCCUGCCUUUGCUCCUGCCACCGGCACUCCCGAGACUGGCGGCUGGACCACUCGUGAGCUUCGCACCAUAAUCCGUGGUCUUGAGGGUAUCAACCUGAUCGCCGCCGACAUCGUCGAGGUUGCUCCCGCCUACGACACCAACGCCGAGCUCACCACCAUGGCUGCUGCCGACACUCUUUACGAGGUUAUGACCUUGAUGGUCAAGAAGGGUCCUUUGAGCUAUAUGGGCAAGCAGCAGGAGACCAUCGAGCUCUAAGCACAAGGACAACCACUGGUCAAGGCCUCAGACCAAAGACACACUAGGCAAGCUGACCCAGUUCUUCUUCCCCCUCUUAGGUAUAGAA